AUGACGGGCCCUGCCUCUCCCCAGGCCGAAGGUCCCACGUUUGCUCCUCCUCCGCUGCCUGCGGGUUGGAUUGCGCAGUGGGAUGGCACGAGUAAGAAAUACUACUACGUUCAGCUUUCGACUGGUGUUUCGCAAUGGGAUGUCCCUACCGAGCCCGCCAAGACGGGCAACACUCCCGCUCCCCAGGCCGAACAUGUCUUCGGUACCCCCAAGCCUCCGGAGCUCAUCACACAUCCCGAUGGAUCGCAGACUGUGCGCCAUCCGGAUGGCACCAUGGAACCAAUCAUGCCCGAUGGCUCCCGCGGUGUAGAUGGUCCUUCUGGAGAACGUGGUCUUGGAAGCAUGGCUAUGAACGCUUUGCUUGGCGGAAAGAACUCCGGCCAUGGUGGUAGCAGCGGAGGCCAUGGCUCUAGUCCAUUGGGUAACCUCGGUGGUCUCGCAAGCCAGUUCCUUGGCGGCGGCCAUGGUGGCAGUGGUGGCGGUAGUGGAGGAAACAAACCUUCAGGCGCAGGCAAACUCGUUGGGCAGCUGGCUUCAAGCUUCAUGCACUCAGCUUCUCAGGAGAAGCCUCCUGCUCCGCAGAGCUACCAUGGCGGCUCCAACCAGAACUCACAGCAGCAGCAGCACCAGGGAGGUCUCGCUGGUCAACUUAUGGGAGGUGUAGCAACCAUGUUUGGUGGCAAGACAGGCAACAGUGGACAAAACUCGAACUUUGGCUACCACUCUGGGCAGCAGCAACAGCAACAACAGGGUGGUGGGGCAUACUCCGGCGAAGCCCCAACCUACAAACCUACAGGCUCAGCUCCUUCGGCCCCUUCAGCACCACCUGCUACCGGAGCGCAUUCCUACAGCUCGCCUUCGCCUAGCCAUCAUCAGCAACAAGGUUCGAGCCAGUAUGGCUCGCAACAGCAGCCUGGCUCGCAACAGCAGCCUGGCUCUCACCAGCCCUACAAAGCGCACCAACAGCAACCCAGCGGUAGCCCACAGUACGGGAACCAGCAACACCCAGCUUCGAGCCAGCAGUACGGUGCGCAUCAGCAGCAGCCAGGCCAGAACCCUCAGUAUGGAGCCCACCAGCAGCAACCCGGUUCGCACCAGCAGUAUGGUGGUAACUCUUCGUUCCCCGGAAGCCCCCACGGUUCGCAGCACAACUCGUUCCCUCCUCCGCCUGCCGGAGGUCCUCAGCAUGGGCAGCAGGGACAGCAGGGCCAACAAUACUUCCCCCCUCCUCCUGGGCAGCAACCACAGCAUCAGUCGUCCGGCCAGGGCUACCCUGAUACUCAAUCCCACGGCGGCCAGUUUGGUGGCCCACCUGAUCAACAUGCUCAGCAGGCGCAAGGAUAUAGUGCACCACCGGCUUCAGGCUCUCAGAACUUCCCGCCACCUCCACCAGGAGGACCUCCUGGAGGAUACAACUCUUCCUACAAUGGAGGACAGGGAAACCAGCAGUCUUAUGGUGGUCAGUCGCAAUACAGCAGCGGUGCCCCUCCUGUGCCUCAUGGCUCCCACCCUCAACAAUACGGAGGAGCCUACUAA